AUGGCCUCGAUCCUCCUCCCGGAGUUGUCAGCACUCAUCGCCUCCCACUUGCACCAACACGACCUUUCACCCCUCGUCCGCGUCAACUCUGAAUACCGCAGAGCAUACACCCCGUACCUCUGGAAAACCCUCAACGUCUCUGGUCACUCCCACGCCACCACCUUCAAGACCCCCGAGACCCAACAAGCACUCCACCGAUACUGUCACCAUAUCCGUACCAUUCGUUCUCGACCGCCUGAUAUGCACUUCUUGGCUGUCUUGCACGAUAUCCCGGCCCUGUGUAACUUGACGAGAUUUACGUUCCUGCCACAGUAUUGGUAUGAGCAGAGUGUUGUCUCGCUGGUCUUGGUGUUGAGAAGGAAUGUGGGGUUGCGCUUUUUGACGGUGCAGUGUCCAAGUCUGCAGCAUGGGGAUGGGGAGCGGUUGUUGUUGUCUGUUGCAGAGUCGCUACCGAGGUUGAGGGAGUUGGAUCUGUCGAUGGCGCAUGAUAAGGUGUUGAGGCCGGAUGCUGUUAGGACGUUUUUGGAGAAUCUUUCGGCGGAUCUUGAGACUUUGACCCUGAGCGUCUCCUUCUGCGGGGGCAUGCAGAGCAACCCCAACUUUGAGACACUAGGAAGACCCGUGGAGGGAAGUAGAUCACAUCCAAAACUUCGGAUACUCAAUCUGUCAACCCGUUGCGAUGCCGACAAGGAUCUGAUGAUUGUCCCUGCAGUCCUAUUAACGUUUCUUCGAGGAUGCCAGAACCUUGAGACUGUCGACGACGAUCUGAUUACGCUGAAAAACUAUCGAUCCUGGAUUUUCUCCUACCCAGUCAUCCUUGACGUCUUACUUCAGAGAACCACGGAGCUGACACACCUGCGACAAGAGUGCAACAUCCCUCUCGGAUUCAACUACAAUAAUCCACGGCGCGACACAGAAAUGGCCCAAAUCAUCUCCAGCCUGGGAAAACGGAACGGGAUCCAGGAAGGAUGGAACAUUUUAUCACUCAUGACAGGUCAACAACCCCGCCCGGCCUGUGGACGUGCACUCGUCAAGGCAUCCAAACAUGGACUUCGCAAACUGGUCCUAGACGGUGGCGCCGGCAUCUCAAGUCAGGACAUACAAUCCAUUUUUCAGCACGGCCGAUCUCUACGCGUCUUCCGCCCUUAUGCCCUUCCGCCACUCCUGGCCUCAGACUGCAUCCGCUGCCCCUGGUCAUGUACAAAACUCACAACCCUCAACCUCCAAAUAUCAGGGAUCCCCAGACCCGAUAUCCAGAUCGACUUUAUGGGCCGCCCCAUCCCUCCUGGGACAUCACCUCUCCACAACGGAACCAUGGAAGAAAGUCGAGUUCUCCAACGAAAAGUCUACACCCAACUCGGCUCUCUGACUUGCCUCCGCGAGCUGACUUUAGGAAACGAUAGUUUCGUCUCCAGCCUAAUCGUGGACGACAACGGCAAGGACGGACCCGUUUAUUUUGACCCUCGCUUCCAAUCUGACUGCCUCGAGAUGAGUCUCGCCAGUGGACUCGCCCUCCUCUCAGGAUUACAAGCACUCCAAAAAUUAAGAGUGAACAACAUGGACCACCGAUUAGGCGCAGAGGAAGUACAAUGGAUCGAUAAGACGCUGCCGAAUUUACAGAUCCUAGGAGGGCUGAGAACGACAGCGUGGCCAGGAUCGUCGAUUAGUCAGUCGAGGUCGAAUGAUAUGAUCCCCUUUGGACGGCCCUUUGGAGCUGGACCUGCCGCCCUGCAAUGCAACGUCGGCUUCAAAUUUGAAUAG